AUGUGCAACAUUGGAAACUAUGCCAACUAUCUCCCUGACGAGUUGCUGCUCGAGAUACUGUCCCAUCUUGAGUCAUGGAGCAGGCUCGAGAGGCAAAUUACCUUGGCCCGCUUCUCCGCCGUGAAUAGGUAUGCGAUAGUAGCCAUACAACCACUAUACGAGGCACCGUUUCUUUUGGGACGUGCAUAUGACCUCUUCGUUCGCACAAUCAGUCCUUCUGUUAAUGCACGCAUUAAGCCGUCACCAUUAUCUGGCUUAGUCAAAGACUUAGACUUAUCCCACAUCGUACACCAAGGCGCAAAAUCCACAACAGCAAGACUACUAGGACGCACAAAAUCCUCACUGGAAGUCUUCGUAGCACCCCAAGCCAGCUUUGCAAUAAACUGCUGGGCCAGCCUAAGCAAAUGUACUCGUUUGCGCGUCCUAGACCUGAGCCUAGUCUCGGAAUGCAUUGACUUCCAAUCUCUCAACCAAACCAUCCGCCAACUCCCCCAACUCCGUGAACUCUACCUCCCCCGCUGCUCCUCCCGCUAUGAAAAAGCCACCUCCCCAACAUCAACCUUGCGCUGGCCCCCUCGUCUCCAGCACCUCGCCCUCUCAGGCUCAGUCUCCGGACAAUUCCUCUGGGACAUGCUCCAACAACCCGACAACUUCCCCCCGACCUUCUCCUCAAUAAGUAUACACCACUGUCCCGCGCUCGACCACUCCGGCGUAAAACCACUACUCAGCACCCUCGCUACGAACCUUACAGCUGUCGAACUGCGGGAUUUACCAGCCGUGAAACAAGGACGGCUAAAUGGUGUGCUGGAAUGGCUACCGAAGCUCGUGUCGCUGACUAUAGCGCUUGAUUACAUUGACUCGCGGUUCGGUUCUAUGCCGAUGGAUUUCUCGCAAGCUCGAUGGGAGGAGGCGAGGCCGCUUACCAGUCUUACGCUUGUGUCGAGUGGGCGCCAGGGCGAUCCUGCGCGCAGUUUUACGCCGACGGAUUUGUACUCGCUUAUCGAUGAGCGGUGGCUUGGUUGUUUGCGUUACUUGAAUGUGGGCGUCAGUACGGAGUGGGAUAAGGAGUAUGAAGAGGAGUUGGGGGCGCUGGAGUAUCUGCUAAUUGAGGAGUUGGACAAGGAAAAUUGGGUUGAGGGACGAUGGCAUUAUGAGGAUAUUUGGUCUUUGAUUGGUACAACACGAAAUAUGGAUUAUGAAGAGUGGAUUCAUGGGACGACAUUGGGAAGGAAGAUGAGGCCGAGAUUUCGGUUGUUGCAGAAUCGGUAG